AGAACAACUAAACUCAUGGCUUCGCUGGAAUCGGAGGCCGGCUCCGUAGCUGUAUCCUCCAAUGGAAUCAAAAACAGAGCGACAAAAAAUAGGAAGAACAAGACCAAAAACGCUGCGUUUCGUUACCUCCCCAAAUUUCGGUGCUUUAGUCUAAAAUCCGAAACCGCUACUACUGAUGCGAAGGGGAGUUUCGAUAUGGAGGCCGAGGAUGACGAAACGGGUCGGAAAAUGAACCCGACCCAUCUUGUUAUUAUGGUGAACGGGCUUGUGGGCAGUGCCGAGGAUUGGAGGUUUGCAGCGACCCAGUUUCUGAAGAGGUACCCGGAAGAUGUUGUUGUGCAUUGCAGUGAAUGUAACUGUUCAAUGUUGACGUUUGAUGGUGUUGAUGUGAUGGGAGAGAGAUUGGCAGAAGAGGUUAGAUCUGUGAUAAAACGGCAUCGGAGUGUUGAGAAGAUCUCGUUUGUUGGUCACUCGUUAGGGGGCCUUAUAGCAAGGUAUGCCAUCGGCAGGCUAUAUGAACGUGGCACCACGAGGGAAGUUUCGCAGGAAAAUGGUGAAUGUAGGGGCGAUGGAGUUGAGGAUCCACAGUUGGAACAGAAAGCGAAAAGUAGAAUUGCUGGACUGGAGCCGGUGAAUUUUAUAACAUCUGCAACGCCGCACCUAGGUACAUGGGGGCAUAAACAGGUUCCAGUGUUUUGUGGCUUUCAAAUCCUUGAAAAAACAGCAGCUCGGAUUUCAUGGUGUCUAGGUAGAACUGGUAGACAUCUUUUUUUAACUGAUAGGGAUAAAGGAAAACCUCCCCUUUUACUUCAGAUGGUUUAUGAUACUGAAGAUAUUAAAUUCUUAUCUGCAUUGAAGUCCUUCAGGCGUCAUGUUGCCUAUGCAAAUGUCCAUUAUGACCACCUCGUGGGAUGGAGUACAUCUUCUAUCCGUCGUAAGAAGGAGCUGCCGAAGUCUAAGCAUUUAUCCAGAGACGACAAAUAUCCACAUAUUGUACAUGAAAUGAUAGACACUGCUGGUACUCAAGAAGAAGUUUCUGCAGAGGAUGAUGUGAAUAUUGACUUUGAAGAGGAAAUGAUCAGAGGUUUGACCAAAGUGAGCUGGGAAAGGAUUGAUGUGAGUUUUAGUGGGAGUAGACAAAAAUACCUUGCGCACAGUACCAUUCAGGUGAAAACUUAUUGUAUACAUUCUGAUGGAGCUGAUGUGAUUCAACACAUGGUGGACAAUUUUCAUGUAUGACAAGGUCGGUGAAUAAAUUUGCUAUCAACUGAAAUCCAGCAGAAUCUCCUAUGCCCUACGACACUCUUUUCUUGGCAAAGAGAGGGGACUAAGGGAGUGUUGUCAACAUUCAGCCUCAGGUGAGAAAAUUAAACCUACUUUGGGCCUGAAAGGAAAGAGACAAUCAUGGAGCAUCAAUACAAAGAAUACAAACAGAACCCCUUCCACAUGUACAUGUCCCUUGAAGAAAGUAGUGUUACUUGAAUAUGCUCAUUAGCUGAUGUGAUACUACAAGUCACUUUCUCCUCUAAUAUUAUUAUCAUUGAGAUCAUUUAUUAAGAACUUAGAAUGCCAGUUGAGCAUUUCUAAUCCAUCUAGAAAUAAAUAUGAAGCAGUUUGCGCCA